AUGAAUAUUUUUUUUGUUAUGUCAGCUGCCACCACCAGUGGAUUGCCUCCAAAAAUAGAAGUAAAGGAAAAUCAAAAGAACGGCACUGUUGUUGCAACUGUUGAAGUGACUGGAAACAAUUUCCCUAAAUUAACUUUAGUGGGAGAUGAUAUACUGAAAUAUAUAAAAGUAGUAGAUAAUCCUUCUUGUAUUAAUACUGCAUCAUGUAACAAGUUUGAUUUGGUUACCGUAAAAGUAAUUGACAGAGAAAAAGUUCCGAACGGAUUUGUUGAGUUUACGGAUGGCUCAGGUAAAAAUUGUAUCUUAAUAAUUCUUGAUGAAAAUGAUAAUGUUCCAGUUUUCGGAAGUCAACGAUAUAAAGCAACAAUACCAGAGAAUAUUACAGUAAACACUAAAAUACCAAAUUUGCAGAUAACAGCAACUGAUUUUGAUGAAAAUCCUUCUCUAAAAUAUUCUUUGAUACCUGCUGGCCAGAAUUCAAAAGGAAUUGAAGACUACAUGAAAAUUGAAGAUAAAUAUAAUGGUUCCAUCACAGUAGUAAAAGCACUGGACUAUGAAACAAGAAACUUUUUUGAAUAUACAGUACAAGUAUUUGUAAGUAUUUAA